AUGUUGUGCUCGUAUGAGCUAGAACAGCUUCACUGGUUCGAGUUUGGUGACAGUGAUAUCAGUUUCUUUAACAAGACAGUGAAUCGAGCUGAAGAUCGUAUUUUUACAACAGCAGUUUCCUUGAAUGCUUUAAUCAACACAUGGACACUAACCAAAGAGAAACAACUUAUAUGGGAGAAAGAGACACCAGAUUUUGUGCGUAACACGGUUGAAAAGCUAGCAAUGUGGUUGGACAGAAAUGUGUUAUCUGACAAGUAUAAACCAUGGAACAGUUUCUUUUCCGGUUCUGGUAAAAGUGUGAAGAGUUUACCAUUUUUCUACCCAGCAAACAGGAGGGAAUAUUUCAAUGGAACCACUUUUUCUGACAAGAAAUUCCCGUCUGAUGUUAAAAACAUAAUUGGAAUGAACGGUUACGUGAAGCGCACAGAAUAUGACGCCAUGUUGAAACAACCUCAUUUUGGAAUGAUGACCCCUCUGACCUUUGAUGGAUAUAACAGCGAGGCUGGAGGGUAUUUCCCAUUUUGGUCAUGUGACUCAUAUACUUAUGCUGUAUCUCUGCUUGCAUUGUCUCAGUAUGAAAAUAUCAGUAAUAAAUGAUAAAGCUCGAAAA